AUGAAGGGAGAGGCGAAGGCUCAGGUGGUGCGCGUGCCGACUGUCGCGUUCGUCUCGGUAUCGAAUCUGGUGGUGGGGCGGAGCCUGAGCGAAUUGAUACGAAAUGGACGGUUGACGUACGACUGCACGCUUCGAUUCGCUGAUCACCAGCGCACCGUGCAUGUGGCCGCCCUGAUCGUCGAGGAGCGCAAGGAGGAGACCCCGCGCGGCAUAAAGCGCGUCCUCGAUGUCAAGCUUCUCGAUCGCACCACCCAAACGCAUUUUGCGAAUGAGGAGGAAUGGGCGACCGAUUGCCUGCGGCGCAAAUGCAAGAAGCUGGCCUUCAUCGUGUGGGACAAGAUCCACGCUUGGACGAGCGAUGAUCAGGACCUCGGAAGCCUCAACGAUCUGCGCCGCAUCUCGCCCCAUUCCGAAGACUGUGAAUCAGCGCCUGCCAAAUCUCUCGGCCGGCGGCGACUGGCGAUCUGCGAGCGACAUUCGCUCUACGCAGAGGGCGUCGCCCUCGCCACCUCGCUCGCGUCGGAGCUCCAGCUGGUCGACAACAACAAUGACAACGCCGACGAGCAAGCCGGCCAAUCGGCCACGGCCAAGGCCGUCGACAAUAACACCAACGACGCCGACGACGACGCGGUCGAGGCCCAGUUCGGCGGCGUCGGCGGCGGCGAUGAUGGAAACGAGAGCGGCGCCACGAAGGGGCAGACGGAGAAGGCGAAGCUAGUCCGCUACUGCCUCGCCUUCGGGCACGGCGCGGCCAAGUCGACCGACUGGAAGUGCGCCAUCGAGGCCUUCCGCCUCGCCGCACGCCUCGACCCCUCGGCCUAUCGGCACUUGGCGGCCACCACGCUGCUGGCCGCGACCAAGGGCGCCGCGAUCGACCCGCAGCAGGCCGCCCUUCCCGCCCUGCACGCCGCCCUCUCCGCCAGCGACUCCCUGCGCCACCAGGCGAAUUGGGCGGCGAUGCUGGUUCCUCUGGCGAGGGGCGCGGGCAAGGGCGAGGCGGCGCGGCCGGUGCCGUUGCUCCCGCCGCCUUCUCUGCUGACGGGCGACGUGCCCCUGUUCCGCUUCACCUCACCGCACCACCACUGA